GGCUGCGGACUCCGAGUCCCAGAGAGCCACGCGCCCGCCACGACGCUGCUUCUCUGGUUGGGAGGCCCGGGCGUUCCGGUUGACCCAGGCUGCGGGUGGGAUCCUCGCUGGCGUUGCGGAGCGGGCCGGAAGGCGGGGAUGGAGCCGCCCGGAGCACUCUCGAGUGGACCCUGAGGAGCUCUUCACCAAGCUUGACCGCAUUGGCAAGGGCUCGUUUGGGGAAGUGUACAAGGGCAUCGACAACCACACCAAAGAGGUGGUGGCCAUCAAGAUCAUCGACCUGGAAGAGGCUGAGGAUGAGAUCGAGGACAUCCAGCAGGAGAUUACUGUGCUCAGCCAGUGUGACAGCCCCUACAUCACCCGCUAUUUUGGCUCCUACCUGAAGAGCACCAAGCUGUGGAUUAUCAUGGAGUACCUGGGCGGUGGCUCUGCACUGGACCUGUUGAAACCAGGCCCCCUGGAGGAGACCUACAUCGCCACCAUCCUGCGGGAGAUCCUGAAGGGCCUGGACUACCUGCACUCAGAGCGCAAGAUCCACCGUGACAUCAAAGCUGCCAACGUGCUGCUCUCGGAGCAGGGAGAUGUGAAGCUAGCAGACUUCGGGGUGGCAGGGCAGCUCACCGACACUCAGAUCAAGAGGAACACAUUUGUGGGCACCCCUUUUUGGAUGGCACCAGAGGUCAUCAAGCAGUCAGCCUAUGACUUCAAGGCCGACAUCUGGUCCCUGGGCAUCACGGCCAUUGAACUGGCCAAGGGGGAGCCGCCAAACUCUGACCUGCACCCCAUGCGUGUCCUGUUCCUGAUCCCCAAAAACAGCCCACCCACACUGGAAGGCCACCACAGCAGGCCCUUCAAGGAGUUUGUGGAGGCCUGCCUCAACAAGGACCCCCGAUUUCGGCCCACAGCCAAGGAGCUACUGAAGCACAAGUUCAUCACACGCUAUACCAAGAAGACCUCCUUCCUCACGGAGCUCAUCGACCGCUACAAGCGCUGGAAGUCAGAGGGGCAUGGCGAGGAGUCCAGCUCUGAGGACUCAGACAUAGACGGCGAGGCCGAGGAAGGGGAGCAGGGCCCCAUAUGGACAUUCCCCCCAACCAUCCGGCCCAGCCCGCACAGCAAGCUGCACAAGGGGACGGCCCUGCACAGCUCGCAGAAGCAGGCGGACCCUAUCAAGAGACAGCCACGGUCCCAGUGCCUGUCCACGCUGGUCCGGCCGGUCUUCGGAGAGCUGAAGGAGAAGCAUAGGCAGAGCGGGGGCAGCGUGGGCGCAUUGGAGGAGCUGGAGAAUGCCUUCAGCCUGGCUGAGGAGUCCUGCCCUGGCAUCUCGGACCAGCUCAUGGUGCGCCUGGUGGAGCGUGUGCAGAGGUUCUCGCACAGCAGAAACCAUCUGACGUCCAGCCGCUGAGCAUGCUGCUCUUCGUGGAGAGGGUGGAGUGUGCUCUGCUGCUGAGCUGAGCAUGGGAAGAACUUGACUUGGAAGUCCCCCACCCGUGCUGUGUUGUGUCUGCAAGGACUUGUCAGCCUAGGGCCUCAUAAGCUGGGUCACCUUCCACCCAGCACAGUAUCCAGUGUCCCUCUCCCCACCUGGCCCACGAACAGGUGCCCAUUGGCAGCCACAGGGCUGUCUUAGGCUUCCCCUAGAAACAGCCCUGUGGCUACUAGGUCAAGGAGCACAGUGACUGUUGGGCAGUUCUGCCCUCUUCCUUUGGGUUCGGGAAACAGGGCAGCCUCAUGGGGCACCGCAGCCUGCCUUCCUCUCCCUCCCACCCUGAUGCUGUCUACAGUGGCCCAAGAUGAUCCUAGAUCUGCCUUGUGGUGUCAGAUCAGGUACUGUGUUUUCUCAUAAGUACUCAUGUCACCCCAAAUGUGUUUUUAAGAAAACUGAGCUGUUUCCUUUGGUGUUCUGAGGGUACGGUGUUCACUUCCUGGAGCACCGAAGGCCCUGACACUUCUAAUAAAGACCUGGAUGGGAGA